CACACAAACAGAUUGUGUCGCAAUGUCUCUCAGCUACUUCUUUUUCUUAGGCACCUCUUGGUCUGAGAAGCCCCUCGUCUCGCUGUAGGGAUCUGAUGGACAGCGUGGGGACCCCGUGCUGCUCGGAGGGUGUCCCGGUUUCUGCUGGAAGCUCCAGCUCAGGGGGUCUGUCCCCAUCACCGUAUCCUUCGGCCGGACAAGCAGAGGAGGUUACGAAGGGCAAAGAAGUCAGGGAUGCAGAAUACCUGAGCUCACGAUGUGUCCUCUUUACCUACUACCAAGGGGACAUUAGCAGCGUGGUGGACGAACACUUCUCCAGAGCUCUCAGCACCUAUAUGGAGGCAGAGGGCAAAAAGAGGCACAGUGUUCCCAGCACAGAUACUUCAUCCUCAACCAGUCGGCGCAGUUUCCCUCCAUCUUUCUGGGACAGUAACUACCCCUCUCCACCCAGCCGACUCCACUGUGAUCCCACAGGUGCUCCCACUUAUGCUAUGGACCCCUACGCCCAGGUCCUGCACCCGGGUCUGCCUCACACACACGCUCACCCGCACCCAUCAGAUUCCUGGAGCUACUCUCAGAGCCAGCCCUAUCCCCCUCCACGGGCCUUACACGAACUGUACACCCCUCCUGGGCUGGAUGCCCACUUCGGACCCCUACUGAUGCCUGCCGUCCGGCCGCCUCAUCUGCCGACGCUGCCCGGGCAUUACGAUGUGGGAAAGCUGGAACCCACCCCAACAUGGCCAGGGUUGCUUCCACCUGGGGAAGUGGCACAGAGUCUGGCUCUCAACAUGGAACCAGGUCUCCAGCACCACAAGAAAGGGAAGGAGCUCUACUGGUUUUAAUGAGAAGCCCUUCAUCGACCAUCCAAUUAAAGCCUGCAGUUUGGCCCAUUGUAGCCGAACUGUUGUUUCUUUAGCCCCCACGCACAGCGGCUCUCUUCACCAGCUCUGCACACGCUCUGAACACGCUCCAGGACUAUUUGUGUGCACCAUGGAGAUAUGAACAUAGGGCGAGGAGAGAACGCCUAGGGGAGGCAAGGGUGCUAGACGACAUGGUCUUUCUGUUUUUUUGAUCUGUUAAACUAAUUUAUUGUGGUGUAAAAAUCCAGCUUGUCCUCUAAGGUUCUCUGUUUGGACGGUGAGACGUAAGAAACAUCGCAUGGUGCAGUAUAUAGAAUGACACAUUUUCAAAAAAUCUGGCUGUUUAUAUUGAUUGAAUAAGGAUGGCAGCAAUGUGUUUGUAUUGUUUUGUUGCAUUAUUUUUCUUCCCAUGUACAGUAUUUUUAUUUAUAUAUACAUUAGCAUUUAUGUGUUUCAAUUAAAAUACACUUUCGGCCAGUGCUGUUAAUUUUUUCUUUUUCUUGGAAAACGUGCCAUGGUGUGAAACAGCUACAAUAAAUCUGAGAGAAUUUAAAGAAUUAAUAAACCAUAAAUUAUCAUUAAAGAGUGAAAUAAAAUGAUGUGAUUUUCCAGGUUAAUGAACCACUUCAGAGAAAUGGCAAGGUUCCAUAAAUUUUAUUAUAAGGGGAAAGUCAUUUCUGGUGUAUUUUUUUAUGUGUGAGUCUACUUUAUUGAAUUAAAAAUGAAUGAAUGAAUGAAUGAAUGUUCUGUUAAGACUAAAAGUGUAAGAAAUUGUUUGUAUUUCCAUAUUAA